GAGUGGAGUGUUGUGAUGAGCCUCCCCUCCUAAAAACGACAACUGACACUUGCAUAGCCACUUUUAACCAAGAACAAAACGCGACGCCCCGGGCAAAAUGAGGAACCGCCACCAUCAUCUCGUCUCAGUAUUCAUCAUCGUGCUCAUUGCAUCCCUCUUCGACGAUGCUCUCUGCAUCCGGUUCCCUGAUCGGGUCGCCCAACCCGCCCGCGACCCACCCGAUCAACAGCGCCUGCAGACAGCCGUGUUCGCUCUCGGAAGCUUCUGGAGAUCCGAAGCGGUUUUCGGGUGCAUACCCGGCGUUGUUCGGACCACCGUUGGAUACGCCGGCGGAUCCAAACCCCACCCUGAAUAUCGGAGCUUGGCUGAUCACGCCGAGUCCGUUCAGGUUGAGUAUGACACACGGCUGAUUAGUUUUAGGGAACUCAUUGAUAUUUUUUGGUCAAGUCAUGAUCCCCGACAAGUGUAUGGCCAAGGUCCUGAUGUGGGUAAUCAGUACAGAUCUAUUAUUUUUGUUAAUGGAACUGAAGAAUCAAGAAUGGCUGCUGUUAGCAAAGAACAGGAGCAAACCAGGUCAAGAAGCAGCAUUGUGACUACUCAAAUUCUACAACUUGGAACAUUUUACCCUGCAGAACCAGAGCACCAGAAAUUUGAACUCAAGCAAAACACAUUCCUUCUUCAGUUAAUUGGGAACCUGCCGGAAGAGGAGCUUGAGAGGUCUAGCCUAGCAACAAAACUAAAUGGAUAUGUAGCUGAGCUUUGCCCUCCAAAUAUCCAAAAGCAUAUUGAUGCAAAGAUCAAUGAGAUUAUAAAAAAGGGUUGGCCCAUUUUGAGGGAAUUGUAACUUACCUUGGUGAAGUUGUUCAGAUUAUCAUUCUUUUAGCUAAUGUGACUUACUUCAGUCUCUAUAAGGUUAGUUCAAUAGUUUGUACCAGUUGGCAGUUGCAGGGCUGCAAAUAUCAAAAAGGAGAACCAAGCAUAUGAUGCUCGCCGAUUAAACUUGUGAUGUGAUUAUGGUACUUGCAAUUCUACUCGAGUCUCAUUCGCCCAGGGAAAAGAAUCAUUUAACUUUCAUAGUUUGUGAUAUACAUGUACACACAUGGUUAUAAUUUCAACAUUGUUAUUGUAUUAGUUUGUUCUCUAUAGGGACUUCUUCACUUUUGAGGUCAAAUCCUGUAAUACAUAAAUUUUUCAUUGGUUGUGAGUUGUGACUCUUGUGAUCUCUUACA